AUGGCGACGUUGACAGAGACACUCGUCGAUGCGGAUGAGUUGAAUGAUAACUCGUUUCAGACAAAGGAUAUCCAGUUUCACGAUCUGCCUACUCCCCAGGAGUAUGAUAUCCCCUUUCCUCCUCCAUCAGUCAACCCGACCGAGAUCCUAGAAGUGGAUAAAGGAACACCCGACAGUCAUGUUCCUCGUGAUCCACGACUUAUUCGAUUGACUGGUGUUCAUCCAUUUAAUGUUGAGCCACCCCUAACGGCACUGUAUAAAGAAGGUUUUCUCACAUCUCCCGAACUAUUCUACGUUCGAAACCAUGGCCCCGUGCCUCAAGUCCGAGACGAGGACAUUCCUGACUGGGAGUUAAGUAUAGAAGGACUAGUGGAAAAUCCGAUGAAGCUGAGCUUCCGAGACAUUCUUCAGAAAUAUGUUCAAAUAACCAACCCAAUUACCCUGGUCUGUGCUGGAAACAGACGCAAAGAACAAAACACUGUUCGAAAGUCUAAAGGAUUCUCAUGGGGACCGGCAGGACUCUCAACGGCGCUAUGGACUGGUCCCAUGAUGGCCGAUAUCCUACGUAGUGCAAAACCACUUCGACGAGCCAAAUAUGUCUGCAUGGAAGGAGCCGAUAAAUUGCCAAAUGGAUAUUAUGGAACGUCGGUGAAAUUGAACUGGGCUAUGGAUUUCAACAGGGGAAUCAUGUUAGCGCACAAAAUGAACGGCGAGAACUUGCGUCCUGAUCAUGGACGUCCUUUAAGAGCUGUUGUGCCUGGGCAGAUUGGUGGACGGAGUGUCAAGUGGCUCAAGAAGCUUAUUGUGACCGAGACACCGAGUGAUAACUGGUACCAUAUUUAUGAUAAUCGGGUGUUACCGACUAUGGUUUCACCGGAGAUGGCAUCCCAGGAUGAUAAUUGGUGGACUGAUGAGCGAUACGCCAUUUACGAUCUCAAUGUCAACUCCGUCGCGGCCUUCCCUGAGCAUGAGGAAAUAUUGGACCUAGCAACGGCCGGGUUGACAUAUACAGCGAGGGGGUACGCCUAUGCGGGAGGUGGUCGAAGGAUCACAAGAGUUGAAAUUUCUCUUGACAAAGGCAAAUCAUGGCGACUUGCCAAAAUCGAGUAUGCGGAAGACAAGUAUAGAGAGUUCGAAGGCGAUCUUUUUGGCGGCAAAGUGGACAUGUGGAAACGAGAGAGUUGUUUCUGCUGGUCUUUCUGGUCUCUCCAGAUCCCAGUGUUUGACCUGGAGAACAGUAGUGCACUACUUGUCAGGGCUAUGGACGAUGGGAUGAUGACACAACCUCGCGACAUGUACUGGUCCGUCUUGGGUAUGAUGAAUAAUCCCUGGUUCCGAAUCGCAAUCACAAAGGAGGGAAAUCGACUCAAAUUUGAACAUCCGACUCAUCCUGCGAAGGCUGGAGGCUGGAUGGAAAAGGCCAAGAAAGCCGGUGGUGAUUUGACGAAUGGCAACUGGGGCGAGAGACUCGAGGGUGAAGCCCCGGUUGAGCUGGAGCCCGUGAAGGUAAUCAACAUGAAAAAGGAAGGACUGAAUCGUAUGCUGGACUUGCAAGAGCUCAACGCGAAUAGCAGUGCUGAGAAGCCUUGGUUUGUGGUAAAUGGGGAGGUGUAUGAUGGAACGGGAUUCCUCGACGGUCAUCCUGGUGGAGCAAUCAGUAUCACGUCCCAGGCUGGGCUGGAUGUUUCAGAGGACUUCCUCGCCAUUCACAGCGAAACGGCCAAGUUGAUGAUGCCCGACUACCAUAUCGGUACAUUGGACAAAGCUUCUCUUGAAUCCCUCAAGAAAACCUCGACCACAGUCUCAAAUGACUCACGUCCAACCUUCCUCCAAUCACGAUCAUGGACAAGGAUGAAGCUAUCCAAGGUGAAGACUGUCUCCUGGGACACACGAAUCUUCGUCUUCGACCUAGAACACGAAAACCAAUCCCUCGGCCUACCAAUAGGCCAGCACCUCAUGAUCAAAGUCCCAGAUCCAACCACCAAGGAAGCAAUUAUCCGCUCUUACACGCCAAUCUCCGAGACAAACAUGCAGGGAAAGAUGGAGCUGCUCGUCAAGAUCUAUUUCCCAACCGAAAACAUCCUGGGCGGAAAGAUGACUAUGGCACUCGACACAUUGGCCAUCGGAGCCGAGAUCGACUGCAAAGGACCGACCGGUCGGUUCGAGUACCUUGGAAAUGGCCGAGUCAUUAUUAGCGGUAAAGAGCGCAAAGUCCGCUCAUUCAAGAUGAUCUGCGGUGGAACUGGUAUUACGCCUAUUUUCCAGGUCCUGCGUGCUGUAAUGCAGGAUCCUCAGGAUCCCACGACAUGUGUUGUCCUGGAUGGCAACAGGUUGGAAGAAGAUAUUCUCUGCCGAGCUGCGCUUGAUGCAUUUGUGAAUAUUGGCAAUCGCAAGUGUACUGUUGUGCAUACUUUGUCGCGGGCGUCAGAAAGGUGGGUUGGCCGCCGAGGACGUAUUUCGGAAGACUUGAUCAAGGAAUAUGUGACGUGUGAAGAGGAUAGUAUGGUGAUCAUCUGCGGGCCAGAGGCGAUGGAAAAGUCUGCUCGAAAGAUUCUCCUUGAACAGGGGUGGGCAGAGUCAGAUCUCCAUUUCUUCUAA